GGGUAUUUCCGCUGUGAUGACAUUUAGAAAAGUGAAACACGAAGCGGGGAGAAUGAACUUAUCGACGUUGUAAUUUAUCGAGGCUGGCAGUGAAAAUCGUUGCCGUGGAAAGGACGAGAGGGUGAACGUUCCCCAGUAUAUGUUUGAGAUGGCGCACGGCCAGGAAGAAGGAGAUUUGAACAACUACUUGUUUUCAUGGAUGGAUUCGGUUACCCACUCGACCACAGGUCUAGCUAUAAUGACGGUUGUUGUUUUCCUACUUUCGGUUAUGCUUGAGAGCAUGAACGCUGGGACGAAACGGCUGAGGUCAAGGCCGCUCUUCUGGAUCAGGUCACGAGCUGUGACGUCAGCCCUCCACAACCUCCUGGCCACCCUGGUUCACGCCGUGUCCGUGUCCCUGAUGUUUCUGCUCAUGCUGGUCUUUAUGACGUUAAACCCCUGGCUGUGUUCGGCCAUCAUCCUGGGCGCUAUAGUCGGAUAUUUGUUGUUUAACUGGAGCACGACAUGGGACAGUGAGCCAAUAGAAAAAUAUGUUCUGUCAACCAAUAGAUGACUAGCUGUGAUUAAAGGCAACCUCCAUGUUCUCCACAAGAUUCGAACACAGCACUGCGGCUACACAAUACUUGAACAGAAUGAAAGCACACCAGGAUAAAACAUCCACACUGUCACACACACAAAUAACAAUCACACUGUCAUACACACACACACAAAUAAUAACCACACUGUCAUACACAUAAAUAAUCAUUGUAUGAAACAUGUUUACACAUCGCCACAUACACACAUAACCACAUACAUGUAGCUGGGGGGGACAUGGCUCUUUACAUUCCUAAAGACAGGGUUGUUUUGUUGUACUAUAAUCAAACUUUUGCCCUCACUCACCUAUGCCAGUCUUAACAUGAGUUUUUUCAACAAGUGAUAUUAUUUAUUUAUUCUACAAUAGUUAAUACAAAAAUAUAAUUGAAAAAUUAAUUAACCUCGACUAUUAUUUAAAAAAUAAGAAAAAAAAAAUUCUAUCUGUCAAAGGACGAACCCAAGGGUAUAUUUUUCUGAUGAUGGUUAUUUACCAUUUAACAAAUUCAAAUGAUUUCCUAUGCUAUUGUAUACAUGAUAUCAGCCAUAUUUUUACUUCAAUCAAACCACUACUGAGGUGACAUCAAAUAUAGUUUAAGAAUAAUAAAUUAAUUAUAUUUAUAGCCUAACUAAGUUUUAAGUAUACACAGGGCCAAUUUGUUUUUAAAAAUCUUAUUCUCUCCCCUUUGACCCCAACGUAAAUACAAGGUUUCAUUAGUCAUGAACAUUUUAAAACUUCUCAUUGUUGUCCCACAUUAGUUAUGAUUGUUUUUGUUCAUUCGGCAUGUAUAAACCCAAUAAAUCUAUCUAUAAAGAA